UCUUGUUGUUGUUUCAUUCUUCAACUUCUCUGACAAGAUGGAAGUCGAGGACGACUUGGAUCCUGAGACUUACAACAACAGCUUUGACCCGUUCGAUGGGCUUGGAAGCGACCUGGGGCAUCAGCACCCAAGCGACGCGAGCGCGACUCCAAUGACCACUGCAGAUGAGGUUGCUGGCACUGCCAUGGAGGUCGAUGCGGCGGAGAGCAGCGCCAAGCAGCAGCAGGACGAGCCCAAGCAACACACUCAGUCUGAGGCAGCUCAGCGCCGCAACAACCGUGGGCAGCGAUCGCCACAGAGGCCAUCGCAGAAUGGCGGAGGUCGGAAUGAGCAGCGUGGUGGUGAUGGUGGUAGUGGUAGUAACAACAGUCGCAACGCUGGCGGACGAGGCGGUGGCAACCAGCAAGAUCGACGAGGCAACGAUGGUCGCGGCAACGAGCGAUCACCAGCCGCCGGAAAUGCUCGGAACACUGGUCAGGGCGCUGCUAGUGUUGGUGGUGCUGAUACCAACGAUCGUGCUGGGCUGACCGAGCGCGAGCGAGAGCGCGACAGGCUGGAGCGUGAUCGACGAGACAGGGACCGACCAAACACCUCGUCUCAGGGCUCCAAUUUCGCACAGCGCGCACAGUCUCCUGAUUCGCGAGACCGUGAUCGUGAUCGUGAGCAGCGCGAGCGAGAGCGAGAGAGGGAGCGCGAGCGAGAACGGGAGAGGGAGCGCGACCGUCGUCCAUCGAGCGGCCCUGGUGCUGCUGCUGCUGCUGCUGCUGCUGCUUCUGCUGCUUCUGCUCCACCACGAGCACAAUCGCCAGACCGUAUACGAGAACGUGAGCGUGAGCGUGAACGUGAGCGAGACCGCUUCCCUCCCCGCGAUGCUCCGCGGUCGCGAUCGAGGUCUCCGCCUUCAGCUCGUCGUGGCAACUUCCCUCCGCCUCCAUCGAACGCCGUUGAAUUGGACGCGUCGACAAGCCGGGCGUCCUCUGCCGCCACGAACGCGCGCACAUCGGUGGACAGACCGCGCGAUGACAGACCACGCGAUGACAGACCACGCGAGACCAAUCCUCGAGACUCGCGAGAUUCUCGAGACCGGGAUGCUCGCGAGGUGCGGGAGCGUGAUCAGCGCGACCAGGAACGUGACCGAGAGCAGCGUCGAGAACAUGAAACACGCGGGGGCGAUCGCGAUCGUGGGCGUGACCAGGACAGUGCUCGCGACCGCGAUUCCCGUGAGGCCGAUCGCCGACGGGCACGAUCUCGCUCGGCUUCGCCGCGCCGCGGAGACGCAGCCGCACAACCGAGCGCCUUCCCACCGCCGCCCGCAAUGCUUCCUGCUAGCUUCUCACUCCCUGCCCCAGGUUCAUCUGCUGACGGCUCUCAGUUUCCACUGCCCCCGUUCCCGUUUGCCCCCGGCAUGCCACCAUUCUUGUUCCCUCCAACGGUGCCUUCGGCUGGCGGCAAUCCAAUGCUAAUGUUCCCGCCUCUCCCCUUCCCAUUCCCAUUGCCGGGUAUGCCAGCAGGCUCGGCUCCAGGCUCGGCUCCAGCACCAGUCCCCGCAUCAGCCCCUUCUGCAUCUGCUGCUCGCCGCCCCAACGGAGAUCGGGAACGUGAGCGUAGCGAUACCAGUCGUGAUGCCCCAAAGGAUCAGCAGCAUGACCAGCACCCUCGAGAUCAACGAAGUGCACCCCGCGAUGAGCGCGAUCGGCCGCGGGAUCAACCGCAGCGCGAUCAAGCACAACGCGAUCAGCCACAGCGUGACCAGCGUGACCAGCGUGACCAACGUGACCAACGCGAUCAACGCGAUCAGCCAAACCGCGACCAGCGCGAUCAGCGCGACCAGCAACAACGCAGUCAACCACAGCGUGACCAGCGCGAUCAACGAGAUCAGUCACAGCGCGACCAAACACAGCGCGAUCAACAACGAAACCAACCCCGCGAUCCGCCGCAACGAGAUCAGCGCGACCAGCGAGAUCAGCGCGACCAGCGAGAUCAGCGAGACCAGCGAGAUCAGCAGCAACGCGACCAACGCGAUCAGCGCGAUCAACAACAACGAGAUCCGCCACAACGCGACCAACGCGAUCAGCGCGAUCAACAACGAAACCAACCCCGCGAUCCGCCGCAACGAGAUCAGCGCGACCAGCGAGAUCAGCGAGAUCAGCGAGACCAGCGGGACCAGAUUGAUCAACGAGAACAGCGGUCGCGAGCGUCUGAUGAUCGCUCUCGUGAUCAAAGUCAAUCGAGGCCGACUCAGCGCGAGAGUGAGCCGCGCGACAGCCGUGAGCGUGACGCUCCGAAGGCUUCGGCGACCCCGGCAGUCGUGACACCAACCCCGGAAAUGACCGCUCGUGCUUUCGCCGAGGCAUCCGCUGUUGUGCAGCGUGCUACCGCGGAAGGUCGCGCUCCCGCCGAUAUGAUGGGCUUUUUGAAUGAACAAAUUGCGGUGGCCAUGAAGCGCGAGAUGGAGCGGGCAUCGGCCUCGUCAAGCAGCGCGUCCAAAGAUCGGCCUUCGUCUAGAUUGACUUCUUCUGUUGCCGCGUCGCACGCACCAGAAAGCCGUUCUAAGCAAUCGUUAAACUCCGUCUUGGAUCGGGUGCGAGAACCGAGCGUACUUGAUCGAGUGAGUGGGCGAUCGGCAAGCGAGAGCGCUUCCUUGUCCACCCCAAUGGAUACUUCCUCAUCAGGCACCUCUGUGAGCAAGCGUGUCAUUCCUCCAAUCACCUUUGACAAGGAUGAGAUGGAGCGUGCUCGUCCAUUGGCAGUUUCGUCAGCAGUCUCGGUACCAGCAUCAGCUACUCCUGGACUGUUGCCACAUCCAGUCGCCCCAAACUCUGUGAAACGAGACAAUUCUGGUACUCCUGUACGUGACAACGCUGAAGGAAACGCUCGGGGCAGACAACGAAACAAUCAGAAUCAGAAUCGCCAACAACAACAGCAACAACAGCAGCAGCAACAGCAACAGCAACCGCAACAACAAAACCAACGUGGUCGCACGAACAGCUUUAGCAAUGCUGAUGGCGAUGUUCAGCAGGCUAAACGAGCACGCACUCAAUCCCCCGAACGCACGUCGGCUGCAGAUCGAACUGGCCGCUCCACAGCUGUCUCGCCUGGCGUCAACUCCAGCCCUGCUAACGGAGGACAACAAUCCAACAGCAAUAGCCACAACAGCAGCAACAGCAGCAACAACAACAACAACAACAACAGCAAUAACCACAACAACAACAAUCGGAGAAAUCGCGGCAAGAAACAGCGCUAAUCCUCGUCACAGUCUGUUUUUGAAAUGCCUCCACUCGACGGUUUUGCUUGAAUACACCACAAAAUCCAAUCCAA